CGGCUUCACCGAGGCUCUCAGAAAAGCGAUCGGAGCUCCAUCUACAAGAGACCCUCACACACUCAAAGGGUACACACUCCUACCUGUGGAUUUUCAUCGCGCACGUGUCUGUCCUCCACGCAGGACCAUCCGCAACCAUGAUUAAGAAAAUGUCACCGUCAGAGAACGAGUUCGAUAUCCCGGCCAAGAACUGCCACAGGAUGGUCAUCCUGGGCUCCACCAAAGUUGGCAAGACGGCGAUCGUUUCCCGGUUCCUGAACGAGCGCUUCGAUGACCAGUACACGCCGACCAUCGAGGACUUUCACAGGAAAUUCUACAGCAUCCGUGGGGACGUUUAUCAGCUGGACAUUCUAGACACCUCUGGAAAUCACCCCUUCCCAGCGAUGAGGAGACUCUCCAUUUUGACAGGAGACGUGUUCAUCCUGGUCUUCAGCCUGGACAACCGCGACUCCUUCCAGGAGGUGCAGCGGCUCAAAAGGCAGAUCUUCGAGACCAAGUCGUGCCUGAAGAACAAGACCAAAGAGAACGUGGACGUGCCGCUGGUCAUCUGCGGCAACAAGUGCGACCGCGACCUGUGCCGCGAGGUGACGGACGAGGAGAUCGAGCAGCUGGUGGCGGGCAGCGAGCCGUGCGCCUACUUCGAGGUGUCGGCCAAGCGCAACACCAACGUGGACCUCAUGUUCCACGCGCUCUUCGCCAUGGCCAAACUGCCCGACGAGAUGAGCCCGGACCGCCACCGCAAAGUGUCGCUGCAGUACGGCGACGUCCUCCGCCGCAAGUCCCUCCGCCAGAAGAAGUUCAGGGAGGGCGGGGACGCGUACGGCAUCGUGGCGCCGUUCGCGCGCAGGCCGAGCGUGCACAGCGACCUCAUGUACAUUAAAGAGAAAGCGGUGGGCGGCAACCAGGCAGCCAAAGACCGCUGCGUGAUUUGCUGAGUGAAGCAGUUCCUCCAUCUCUCUCUCACACACACGUACACACUUACACACACCUUCCUCGCACCGAGGAGAAGGGAACCCUGCGCUCGAGCAGCCCACACGGCGGCUGUGUUUUGCGCCCCUGUACGCGGGGACGGCGGACUUUCCUGCAAGUCCUCACAGGCAGCCAACGACGCGUGGCCUUCGCUGGGUCCACUGCUGAGGGCGACUCGGCCUCAUGAGCGAGAAAGCAAGAGAGACUCUGGGACUCGAGCUCGGACUGUGUCGCGAUGUGGCGACGAGUUUUGCUGUAAAAAAGAAAAGAAUAGAUUAACAGACCACCUCCAGAGAGGAGACUGGACUGCUCCCACCCGACAGUUGGAUGUGACGCUUGAGCACUUGUUUACAUUUUGUUAUUGCCUAUUUUCUAAUAGAACUUGAACGUCUGUGGCAUUGUGAACAAAAGAUACGAAUGUAUAUUUAUUCUUCUAUGUCUGCGUUUACUUUUAUUUAAAAAAUAGAAAAUAAAAUUUUGAAAAUAAGCACUGCUUCAUCUCUUCUUUUGUUGAAU